CACUUCAAACCUUCUUGCCCAGCUAGAGUGUCUAAUAUAACACAACCUUGACCAGCUCUUGUAUCUUCCUCUUCAAAGUCAACCUAUCCUGCCUGAGAUGAACCGAACGAAAGACCAUUUCCAACAAGGUUACUGAACGUUGUCAUUUUCUUCCGCUCCUGGCUGCUUUCGUCGCAAGACUCCCUACGUACGUACAUCCUCGCCGGUUCUCUUGAAAGAAGAUAGCACAAGUUGAGUUGCUUGCUAUCCAAGGGACCAUGAAAACACGGCGGCAGCGCAAGGAUCGUAGAACCAGCAGCAGCCUUGUUGAUACUGACCAACAACAUUCAUCACUGCCGCUCCCUAUCGAUCUCACGAUCGACAUCUUCUCCAGGCUAUCCCUCAAGUCCAUUGCCAUCUCUCGUUGCGUAUCCAAGCCCUGGGCCUUCGUACUUGGCCGUCCUGAUCUCAGGGAUCUGCGCUUGACAAGGUCUCAGGCUCGCCCGCGUCUACUGUUCGCCUUUUGGGAAGGUAAUAACCUCUUCUUCAUCUCUUCACCUCAACCUCAGAGUCCUGAUGAGAUGUUGUCUGUUGCGGCCGAUCAUCACAUGAGUUUCUCCUUUGAUCACCCUGUCAAAGAUAUAUCUGCAAGUGUCAAUGGCCUUGUCUGUGUCCGUAUUAGUGGUCACCGGUUUGUAAAUGGAAGGAGAUUCACGGUGGAGGAGUCGGUGUUAUGUAACCCUAGCACGGGACAGUCACUUACUAUACCCAAAGUGAAGACAAGGAAGAGGGUUGGGAUAGUAAGCUUACUCGGGUAUGAUCCCGUUGAGAAACUACACAAGGUAUUGGGAAUGAUUUGGCUUCAGGACGGCAUAACUAUGGAGCAUCAAGUGCUUACAUUAGGAGCAGGAGGAGGAGGAAGUGAUGAGAAAUUGACAUGGAGAAUGGCUGAACGUGGUAUACCAUGUCCAUGUCCUUCUUCUGCGGGUACACAGAAUAUAUGCAUUGGUGGUGUUUUCUAUUACAUUCACGCUCAUAUGAUAGUUUCCUUCGAUGUUAGAUCUGAGAAGUACAGCUUUGUUAAGCCUCCGAAAGGGAAACUGUAUCAUAGGCUGCUAGACUGCAACGGUAAAUUGGCUUUAGUACCAUUGGGCAAAAGUUAUUAUUUCGAUAGUGAAACUGUUAAGAUGUGGGUUCUAGAAGACCGCGAAAGACAUGAGUGGUCCAAACGUGUUUACACAUUGCCCCCUAUGUGGAAAGAUGUAGUUGAUCCAGAGGAGUGGUUAGUGAUUGUUGGAGUGACUGGUCCUAAUGAAUUUGUUAUGUCGUCCGAAUAUUCAGGUGACCCUUUCCAGGUUUACUACUGCAAUUUUGACAAGGAGACUGUAACAAGAGUUGUAAUCCAAGGAGUGGGAGCGUUAAGGAGUGGCAUGGGGUAUUCUAUUCACACCUAUCCGAACCAUGUGGAGGAUGUGAAGCUUAUGGAAUUAUAAGGAUAAGCAUCAGGUUUUAAGAUUUUUUAUGGAGAAACUAUCGGUAGUGUUCUUGUUUAUUGCUCUUGUAAUGUCACCUUACUUCUGAAAUUCCUUAUCAUCAUUACAUGUUUCGGUUAAGGAGCAAAUGAUUUCAAUAGAAGCCAUGGAACAUGAACUCCAAUAGUACAAAAGUUUUUAUUUUACUCUAUCCGUUCACUAUUUUCACACACAGAAUUUAAUUAUCAGAUAUCUUCAGGUCUGAACGCAUAUACCAUCAGUUUGGUGGAUAUAUCAUCAAGCCCCUACAUACUUUUUUGUUUUGUGGUGGUAGUUAACCCCUUGAUUUCAUCAAAUAACCAAUUCAGGUUAAGAAACAAUCAAAAUGGCCAAGUUUGAAAUUCUGGACGGUCAAGACAUUGCUUUUAUGAGAUGUGAAAAUAGAAUAGUAAGAUAGUGAUGGUUUACUAUCAGUGGAAAACUUAAAGAGGGAGGUAUUAAUUAACCAUAUAGUCAAAUAGCACAUGAAAACUCUCCUCUUUAAAUAUUGGCAUUAACAUCACAUUAGUUUCAAUCAUCUUUUAUUAUCUAUGAACACCCUCCUUUGUUUUGCUCUCAAAACUUUCUUCUUCUUUUUUGUUUUUUUUUUUGGACAAAGUUCUGAAAACUUUCAAGAGCCUUCUUGUCUCAGAAAGCAAAAGCACAUUUUCAAGUUUCUCUCCACAGCUACAAGCACAAGAUAUGGCAAAGAUGAGUUUUUGGCCAUGUGAUCAGCAAACCAUGGUGCUGAAAGUGAAUAUGAGCAGUGAAAAAUACAGGACCAAAGCCAUGAAGAUUGUAGUAGGAGCAUCCGGAGUUAAUGGAGUGCGGUUGGAGAACGAACAAGGGAAGCUUAUGGUGGAAGGAGAGGGAGUGGAUGUACUUGCUCUUGCCCAAACUCUGAAGAAGAAAGUAGGCAAAACUGAGAUCAUCAAAGUUUCUUAAUAACUCCAAUCCCUUUUUACACAACAAUACCCUUAUAUCUAAUUAUUCUAAGUGGUUUUCUGGUUUCAUGAUGAUGUGUUCUUGGGGCAACAUUUGACAUGCUUUCUAUUGCGUUUGUGUUUACGGUUUCUAGUUUAUGGAUGAUAUUUCACUUGUUUUGAAAA